AUUCCGCGCCCGCCUCCGCGCGCCCGCCCCUGGCCGCCGCCGGUCACGCGGGCCGCGAUUCACAGCGCGGGUUGCGCUGACGGAGCGCGGCGGGGCCGUGCCGGGGCCGCGCGGCUGCGGCGCUCCCUGCGCUGAGAGCGUGGCGGCGGCGGCGGGGGGCGGGCGCGGAGCGGGCCGGGCGGGGCGCGCGCCCCCCCGCGAUGGCGCUGUGUGGCGGCGGCGCGGCGGAGCGCGGGCGGCGGCGGGCGGCGUGACCCCGCCGGGGGGCGGCCGCGCUGCAUGGGGCCGGGGGCCGGCCGGCAUGGAGGGGGUCCUGUACAAGUGGACCAACUACCUGAGCGGCUGGCAGCCUCGGUGGUUCCUUCUCUGUGGUGGCAUCCUGUCCUAUUAUGACUCUCAGGAAGAUGCCUGGAAGGGUUGUAAGGGAAGCAUCCAAAUGGCUGUUUGUGAAAUUCAAGUUCAUCCUGCAGAUAACACACGAAUGGACCUGAUUAUCCCAGGGGAGCAGUACUUCUAUCUGAAGGCAAGAAAUGCAGUUGAAAGGCAAAAGUGGCUGGUUGCACUAGGAACUGCCAAAGCCUGUCUGACUGACAGCAGGACACAGAAGGAAAAAGAGUUCACUGAAAACACAGAAGCCUUGAAGACUAAAAUGUCUGAACUUAGACUGUACUGUAACCUUCUUGUUCAGCAAGUGCAUAAAACAAAGGAAGCCAGCAUUUCUGUGUCAGAGCCAGAGAGUGAGAUUGACAUGGGAGCUCUGUUGAAAUCAACCUGUGACACUUUCCUGAAGACUCUUGAAGAAUGUAUGCAGAUUGCAAAUACUGCCUUCACUUCUGAGUUACUGCAUCAGACCCCACCUGGAUCCCCAAAUUUAGCAGUUCUCAGAACAAGCAAGGUAAAGCACUCUGUCUUGUCCAGUCACACCUCAACAGAAAGGCAGGUGGAAUUGAACCCCUGUGAAAAUGGCUGUGUAAAAGCAGAAAUUAACCAUCAAGAGCAAGCAGUUAUUAAAAGUAUGGAAAGUUUAAACUUGGAAAUGAAUGAGGGGACUGGUGAUGUUUAUGUUGAAGAUCAUGUGGCAAAGGAUUUGGCGGGCAUUAAAGACGAUGGAGAGGACAAGCUGCAAGCUGUAGAAAGCUGUGGUGCCCACAAGUUGCUGCAGAUGGAAACAAAUUCUUUAAGUGGAUUGACUCUGUGUGAGGAAGAAAGAAAUGAAAAUGAUUCUCCUACCUUCUUCAGUGUCAUGAGCAAUAGGUUCAGUGAUAUUGAGCUUCGGGAGGAGGAGGGCAUACCAACAGAGGAGUUCCUGGAGUCUUGUUAUGCAAUUGUGCCUGUUCUGGACAAGCUGGGACCAACUGUUUUUGCUCCAGUUAAAAUGGAUUUUGUAGGCAACAUCAAGAAAAUAAACCAGAAAUUUAUAACCAACAAAGAAGAGUUUGAUACCCUUCAGAAGAUUGUGCUCCAUGAAGUGAACACAGGUGUGGCACAAGUUAGAAACUCUGCUACAGAGGCUCUCCUGUGGCUGAAAAGAGGUUUAAAGUUCUUGAAAGGAUUUUUGACAGAAGUGAAGAAUGGGGAAAAGAAUAUCCAAACAGCUCUGAACAAUGCUUAUGGAAAGACGUUACGGCAGCACCACGGUUGGGUUGUGCGCGGGGUCUUUGCGUUAGCUUUAAGGGCAGCUCCAACAUAUGAAGACUUUGUGGCAGCUCUGUCUGUAGAUGAGUGCGAUCCUCAGGAAGAAACGUUUUACAAAGGAAUGCAGAGGGACCUCAACAUUUACCUACCAGCCAUGGAAAAGCAGCUAAAUAUCUUGGACACUCUCUAUGAAGUACAUGGUUUGGAGUCAGAUGAGGUGGUAUGACUACAGCAAGACCACAUCUUAAAAAUUCAGGGACUGUGUCUGUUAACAAAGAUUUCUUCCGUUUUGGUUUUGGGACAUCAUUUCUGUUCAUUGUGUCUUUUCAGGUGGGAAGGGUGUUGAGUGUUUUGGGGGAAGGGUAUGUGUGAUUUUUAUCUUUUCAUUACGCUUGUGUUGCAUUUAAAUGCAGAGGUACUGUCUCUCUUUGGAUCAUAACUGUCUGUGGUGAAUGUUUUUGACUGUUUCUCUUCUACCUGUGCACCUCCUCUUCUCUUCACCUCAUAAAAGUAACAGAGCAGAAUUUGGCCUUUGCUGCUGUACCUGAGGAGAGACCUGCUUGUACAGCAGAGCUAUUGGGUUACCAGCAUGGCACCUGAGCAGGUGCUGCUGCCUCUGGCUCUGGCUCUCCCACUCCCUACCAUGGUGUAGGAAGACAGUGAGAGUUAUUGUUACCCUGGUAGCAGAAGAGAAGGACAGCUAAACACCAGCUUAUAGUGCAGUGGGUUUGUCCCUCAAUUUGGGUUGAACCUCUUUAAUGCAAAUAAUAUAUUUGCAUGACAUAAAUAUUUAUUAAAUUAAAUCAACAUUUUAAUCCAAAUAUUAUAGCGAUCUUCACCACAGGUGCAUGUGGCUGGUGGUCUGAGUGGUCCCAAGGUCUAGCCUUUGAAACAGGAUGUUGUGUUCCCUGACCGGCUCCCAACAUGUGCCAUGGCUUCCCUGCCAGCUCCUGCUAGUGGACCACAAAUCUGCUGGCACAGACUCAGCCCAGCCAAUUUCAACAGUGUUUUACACGUUUGAAGAUCAUGUCCAUCAUCCCGACUUAGUAAGGUUUAGGAGGGUUUUCUGUUUUAGGGGUUUCGUGAAUCAAAUUCAUGCAAAACUGUAAUCCUUAUUUUUAAGUUGUGUACAGCAAGCAGCUUGAAAAGCAGAUAUCAUGAAAAUCCUUCCUGGAUUGUCAUUAUGGGCAGAAACUUCAUGGAAGUGGACAUGAAAUGAGUGAAAUAUAGGGGAAGCUAAAAUUUGUGAUGGAGCUAUUAGACAUGGGACUCAUUUCAAAUCUUGAAUUUUGAAAUUAUUUAGAAGUGACUAAAAUUAAGAAAGAGUUCCUCUUUUUCCCAUUUUGCUGAUACAGAUAAAAAUGUGUUCCUUAGCAUUGCUGCUAUUAAAAAUAAUGAAGAAGUCCUUUUAGCUAGUGAUAUGGUUAGGGACAAAAUUUCUAGUUGUGUUGAUGACCCACCAGAAGGCUGUCUGUGGAUUACUGACUCCAGUUCCAGGCAUAAGCAGGUCUCUCUGUGUUGACCUAGGGCUUCAAAUGGCUUUGUACAAAGAGCUGAGUUUAACUCAUGUGCAGGAGGGGAGAAGGCUGUUCUAGUGAGGUACUUAAAGUUACUAAGUUUUCAUCAAUACACAAGUGUUGCCAUACUCAGAGAAGUAGUGCUGGCUUUUGCUAGGCUAAACCCAGUGUUGUUAGUAAAAUGAAUGUACUGCUGCCCUGCAUUGCUGUGUGACAGGAGCCUCUGCACACUGAAUACUUGAUCCUUUCUGAAGAGCCUACCAUUGUGAGCUUUAAGAAAAAGCAUGAGAUACUUGAAGAAAAGGCCAACAUCAAACUUACUGUAUAAAGAAAGAUACCAGGACUCUAAUUAGACAUUCAUAGAGUCAUAGAAUGUGCUGUGUUUGCUGUGUUGGAAGAGACCCAAGGGAUCAGGAUCAUCAAGUCCAGCUCCUGGCCCUGCUCAGGACACUCCAAGAAUCCCACCAUGUGCCUGAGAGCAUUGUCCAAAAGCUACUUGAACUCAGACAGGCUUGGUGCUGUGACCAUUUCCCUGGGGAGCCUGUUCCAGUGUCCAGUCACCCUCUGGGUGAAAAACUUUUACCUGGUAUCCAACCUAAACCUCCCUUGACUCAGCUUCAUGGAAUUUCCUUGACUCCUGUCACUGGUGACAAGAGUGAAGAGAUCAGAGUCUGUUCCUCUGCUUCCCCUUGUGAGGAUGCUGAGGACCACAGUGAGGUCUCCCCUCAGUCUCCUCUUCUCCAGGCUGAACAGACCAAGUGAUCUCCUCAUAAGGCUUCCCCUCCAGACCCUUCACCAUCCUCGUGGCCCUGCUUUGGACAUUCUCUAAUAGUUUAAUGUCUUUUUUGUGUUGUAGUGCCCGAAACUGCUCCCAGCGCUCGAGGUAAGGCCACCCCAGCUCAGAGCAGAGCAGGACAAUCCCCUCUCUUGCCUGGGUGGUGACGCUGUGCCUUCACCCCAGGACACAGUUGUCCCUCUUGGAUGCCAGGGCACUGCUGACUCAGAUUCAGCUUGCCAUCAACCAGGACCCCCUGAACUCUCCUCAGUGCUGCUCUCCAGCAUCUCAUUCCUGUCUGUGCACACAACCAGGACUGUCCUGUCCCAGGUGCAGAAUCUGGCACUUGUCUUUGCUAAACUUCAUGCAGUUGGUGAUUGCCCAUUUCUAAUUUGUCAAGGUCUCUCUGCAGGGCCUCCCUGCCCUCAAGGGAAUCCCCGUUUAGCUCCUCACAAUUUGGUGUUGUUGCAAACUUACUUAGCAUCCCUUCCAGUCCUGUGUCCGAGUCAUUUCUGAAGAUGUUGAAAAGCACAGGGUCAAGGAUGGAGCCAUGUGGAGCUCCACUAGUGACAGGGCACCAGCCUGAGGAGUCACUACAAUCCUUUGUGCCCAGCCCAUGAGCCAGGUGCUCACUGAUCAUGUAACAUGGUUAUUGAGCUGUGUGCUGGACAUCUUGUCCAGAAGGAUACUGUGAGAGACAGUGCUGAAAGCUUUGCUGGCAUCCAAAGAGAUUGCAGCAGCUGGCUUUCCUAGAUCAGCAAAGUGGGUUACCCUGUCAUAAAAGGAAAUCAGUUUCAACAAGUAGGACUUCCCUCCCAUGAAGCUGUGCUGGCAGUGAAUAACAGCAUUGUCUUGCGGGUGUUUUUCAAUACCUCUCAGAAUAAUCCUUUCCAUGAUUUUACCUGGCACUGAAGUGAGACUGACAGGCCUGUAAUUUCCAGGGUCCUUCUUCCUCUUCUUGAAAAUCAGGGCAAUGCUUGCCAGCUUCCAGUCAGCUGGGACCUCUACAGAUUCCCAAAAGACAGUUUAAAUAGUAUGACUUCUUGCUCUGUCAUAUUCCGAGUCUUACCUAUCUGUAGUUCCUAGGUACUCAAGAGCAAUCAGAAAGAAUCAGGUUUUAGUUUUGUGGAUUUUCUUAAAUUAAGUAGUAUAUGUGUGAGUACAAAGUCAAAACUUUUGACCAAAGCUCUAUUCAAUUAUUUCACUACUCACAGUGCUAAAAAUGAAGCUGAGAGCCUUUGGGAUUGUUGUCUGCUGCUUCUGAGCAUAAAUCCAAAGAAACCACCCCUGUAGGAGAACAACCAACUUUCCACCCUUUGUGGUUUCCUCACAGUUUUCAGCUGUUUGGUGGGAAACUUCACUGUAACAGUUUUUAGCUGAAUGACCUGGAAAGAUAAUGAAGAUAAUGAAGUGACAUUUCCACAAAAUAUCAGCUAGGUCAUAGGAAGACCAGGAAGAGAUCCCUCUUCUCUAGAGAUUUAGUGUCAGAUCACAAAAAAUUGCAAUUCCUUUUUGCCCCAAGUUUUUCCUGUAGUAGGAAAGCAUAUUCAGCUCAGAGUAUUUGGAGGUAUUUUUGGGGUUUCUGUUUCAUUUUUGUUUUUUAACUAGAAGGAGAACCACUAGUUUGUUGGGUGUGCGUCAGAUGCAAAAUUUGUUUCAAAAAGUCAGGAGACUUUAUUUUGUAGGUAAAGAAGAGCUUCAUUGGGCUACCAGCUCCAGUUACUAACUUGAACCAUUCUUCUGUCAUCCAACAAGCAGGGAGAGUGUUCUGUAUUACAUGUUCUCUAAUCAGCAUAGCAUCCUGCCUCAGAGCAGACUUUCUCAUCUUGCUGUUCUGUGUAAAGUUGUUUUUUCUGAACUCUGGAAUUGGUGCUUGAGAGGGUUCUUAGGAGACCAUGGCUUCAGAAGACCCCUCUGUGCUUGUUGUUAAACAGGGGCCUUGCAGAGAAGGAACUGAGCGAGGUCUCCUUUCCUUCAAAACUUGCACUUCACCAUGCACUGCUUUUGCAGGGCGUUGAGCACUUCUAAGACUUCUGAAUGCCCUCUUUCCAGUCAAACCACCACUGAGACAGAAACCCAUGUGGCACAUUCAGAGCUGAACUCCAAGUUACACCUCUCAGGAUGUCGUAGACCAGACCACCAAGUGGAACCAAAUGCACUGAUAGACAACUCACUGUCUUUUUCUGUGGUGUCAGUUUGGCAAGCAGAGAGAAUGGCAUUUCAGUAGAAUAACUGUAGAGAACAAGCAACUAACUUUUGGCCUUCAUAUUUAGAACUGGAGAGAAGGUCAGUGUUUUCUGUUUCAUUUGUUUGGUUUGUUAGUUAGUUAGGGUUAUUUUCUUUGUUGUGUUUUUUUCUAAUGGCUGACAUUUAUGAUCAACUGACCUGCACACUGAUAGAGAUCCACAUGACUCUCACUGCACCCUGGCUCUGUGUACUUCACAUUCUUUGGUUUGUUAAGUCGUGCUAGUCUGAAGUUUUGCAUCCCUUCCCUUUAGAAAUGCUUUUGGCUGUUUCCUUCAACGUCUAACAGUUGCAUAUUCUCAGGGAUUUUACUUACCCAAGGUGAAAUAAGAGUAAUCACUGCCUUACCCUAGCAGGGAGUAAGGCUGCUUUUUGUGAAGGUAGUAUAGCUGAGCCUAGAACUCUGAUACAGCAUGUGAGACAGGCAGUGUCCAUGCAGUGUGCAUCCUUGCUGGGACAUGGGAAAUCCCAAAGCAAUCUGAUGGAAGUGCUGUCUAGUACUGAAUAAUUGCAGUCAGCAUAUUUGAAUAGAGACCAUGAUCACAUCUUUGUUAUAUAAUGUCAUUGGCAUAGAGCAGAGCUCUCAAUUUCAGUCGAGUUCUGCUGAGCAAUGGGACACUUUUAUUUAUUUUAUUUAUUUUGUGUUUUGUAUUUUUUUAAUCAAGCUGUGUUCUGGAGUCCCCUCUGCUAUUUAAAGACACCAUACUCUGUUCCAUGUUGGAGUUCUGUGACAUUACAAUUGUAGAACUGCAUACUCAAGUGCUUUAGUGUAAACAUAACGAGCCAUUGAAACAUCCUGUCUCGACUCUGUUGUGCUGUGGAUCUCCCUUUAACAGAUGCAUUUAAAGUUAAGGGCCAUGUACCUUCACUUACAAGCUUUUUGUGAAGUAUCACCAGGAUUUAAAUUUCAGCUGUUUGCUUUUAAAAUCUUUCCUAGUUUGAAAAGUGUUGUUUGGUUGGUUGGACAUAUAAAAGUAUGCCUAAAAAUCUACCCCAGGUAUUUGUAGCCUGCUUUGGCAAAGGGAGGGUGUGGGCCAUUACAGAAAAAAGUGCUACACAUCUCCAUAUGCUGCACUUUUUAACCAUUGUCACUUCAGCUUUUGUGAAAACCUUUAGGGAAGCUUAAACUGCCUUUCAGACACCAGGAAAGAUCAUUAGCAUGUUCCUGGCUGUCUUGACCUUUUUCCCUACCCAGUCCUUCCUUUCUACCCACUGGCAUCUGCUUUGCUAUCAAAGCUGUUGCUGUCAGAGCAAAGCAGGAUGUGUUGUAAGGCAUUCAAAUACAAACUUGGAUAUUCAGAAAUGAAUUCUUUGGCAGGCAAUGUAAAUUAGGACAUUUCAGACUUGGGUGUUCUGCCUCACAGAAAUGAAAGCACAAGUGUUUUUGGAUUUGUUGUUUUAGUUUACUUAUUUCUGUUGUCUUGCCUGCCUAGCGCAGAUAACAAAACAAACAAAAAAAAAGAAAGUGGUGUGGAAAUAACUGAAUUCAUGCCUUCUGUAGCCCCCUGCUGAACAAACCUUCCAAACUUCUGCUUGCUCUAAGCAAUAUAAAAUCUCCCUCGUGCAGGAGGAGUGUCAUAGUGCACUUACUGGCUCUGAGCAAACCCAGGCCAUAGCUCACAGUUGACACAAGGAUUUAAGCACUUGCUUUGAAGUUAUGACAUAGGCAUAUGUUUCGCUUACACGUGCACCAUCCCACUGGCAUGCAGGUCUUCAAAAUGCAGUCUUAGACCAUCAUUUUUAAUAUCCCUUUUGUGGUGUAAGAUUUCUCCCCCACAUACUUCAGAUGUGCUAAAGCUGGAUUUUUAAAAUAUGAAAGUUCCUAGUUUUCAUUUCCUUAUUCCUGCUUAACACUAAGUGUGCCAACUUUCUUUUGCAUUUCAGCAUUCAAGGGGUCCAAAAAUUAUUGAUUCCUUUAUUUAAAGCCAUGUUGAAAGUUUGAGAUUUAUGUCUACUUGAAACUAAAUGAGUAAAUUGCAUUCCAGAAUACAAUAAUUAAACUGAAAACGAAGGCAGCUUGCUUUUAUGGUUUCCUAUUCUCCUUUUUUCAAGCCACUUCUGGGCAUACAUUUUUAUCAAUGUCAAGCUAAGCUUAAUGUAAGCCUUACUUUACAUACUAAAAUAUGUACAUACUGAAUACAUUUAAAGACAAAGAGAAGGUAUAUCACCUCACACUUUAAAUUUACUGAAUUCUAAGGGCUUGUUCACGCCCUCCAAAUCACCUCUCUCAGUGUAAGCUUUGCACAAAUUGUGCUGUCAUAAGUAGUUCGGUCUGAAAUACUCUGAAGUUUCCAGUCUGCAUCAUCUCAAAUCAUACAGCAUCUGUCUCUUCCUUUGGAGCAUUGUUAAGACUUUGACAGACUUUUAUAUUAUUUCAUUAUAAUAAACUUAUUUUAAAUAAGCAUGCUUUUAAAUCUCGUUUUCUCCUUGCAUGGAUUCUGUUUCUUUUAUUGCAGUAUAGGGCCUAAAGUGCUCCUCAGGACUGCAUUUGUUAUGGGUACUGUGUGAGCAGUCAAAGCAAAUGUUUCUGGUUGACAGAAACUGCCUGUAUUUAUCUUUGUAUGAAGAAUGUCAGCACACGUGAAGCCUGUUUGGACUGUGAGAAUAAAAGCUGUGUCUGGCACGUG